CUUUCAUUCACACUUCAAAAAGCACAAAAAAUGAGAAAAUAUCCCAUUCUUCUAGAAUUUUUUUAACCCCGCUACCCCACCCCACCCCCACCCCACCAAAAAGAAAAUGAAAUCAAGAAAGGAGAAAGUACAAGAGCCACCCACUAAAACCCCAUACGUAGUUCACCCCAUCUCCACCACCUUAUCACCUAUUCCCCCAGUUUCAAACUACUUCUCCCUCCCCUUUUCUCCUCUUUCCCAUUCCCAAAUGUACAACAACUCAUGACAACUCUACUACCUCCCACCCCCACCCCCCUUUCACCCCCCUCCCCCUUCUCCCAAAAUCUCCUCUUCAACUUCUCCUCCCCUUCCACCAUCACAUGUAAAGCUACAAAUAGCCCAUUUCAACCCAUCCCCACUUCCUUAAUAACCUCCAAGAAUCAAUCUUUAACCUCUCCAAACAACACCCUUUUGACCCUUUUACAACAAAGAAAAACUGAUGAAGCUUGGUUGUACUACACCAAGAAUCUUGAAAAUCAAGAACUGCCCAACCCCACUUGCCUUAGCCGUUUAGUUUCACAGUUAUCUUACCAAAACUCAACUGUCAGCCUCAGACGUGCUCAGGCAAUCAUCCAACGUCUACGCAAUGAGCGCCAGCUUCAUCGUCUUGACGCGAACUCUCUGGGGCUUCUUGCUAGUGCUGCAGCUAAAGGUGGACAUGUUCUUUAUGCUUGUUCAAUUAUUAAGUCAAUGUUGAAGUCUGGUUAUUUACCUCAUGUUAAAGCAUGGAGUUCUGUUGUUAGUAGACUUGCUAACUCUGGUGAUGAUGGUCCUAUUGAGGCAUUGAGGUUAUUUGGUAGUGUUAUUAGAAGGGUACGUAGGUUGAGUGAUCUUGAUAUGGUUAAACAUACGCGGCCUGAUACAGCCGCGUAUAAUGCUGUGUUGAAUGCUUGUGCUAAUCUUGGUGAUAAAAAUAGGUUCUUGGAGUUGUUUGAUGAGAUGAGGGAGUUUGAUUGUGAGCCGGAUGUUUUGACGUAUAAUGUGAUGAUUAAGCUUUGUGCUAGAGGUGAUAGGAAGGAUUUGCUUGCUUUCGUAUUGGAAAGGAUAAUUGAGAAGGGAAUUCCUUUGUGUAUGUCGACGUUUCAGUCUCUUGUUGCUGCUUAUGUUGGUUUUGGUGAUUUGGUUACUGCUGAAAAGGUGGUUCAGGCAAUGAGGGAAGGGAGGAGGGAUUUGUGUAAGAUUUUAAGAGAGGGUAAUGUGGACGAGGUGUGUUUGGAUGAUAAUGAUGUGUUUGAUAAGUUGCUUCCGAAUUCUGUUAAUUGGAGAGAUAAUGAGCCACCAGAGUUGUCUCGAGUGUUUGAACCGAAUUCUAGGAUGUAUACGACUUUAAUGAAAGGUUAUAUGAAUGCAGGACGUGUUACGGAUAUGGUGAGGAUGUUAGAGGCGAUGAGGCAUCUAGGAGAUAGUGAGAGCCACCCGGACCAUGUUACUUACACAACGGUUAUUUCUGCGUUUGUGAAGCAAGGUUUAAUGGAUAGGGCACGGGAAGUGCUGGCCGAGAUGGUCAGGAUUGGUGUCCCUGCUAAUAGAAUCACUUACAAUAUUUUAAUCAAAGGAUAUUGCCAGCAGCUGCAUAUUGACAGGGCGGAAGAGCUGAUUAAGGAGAUGAUUGAUACUGGAAUAGAGCCUGAUGUGGUUUCUUAUAACACAAUCAUUGAUGGAUGUAUAUUGGUAGAUGACAGUGCAGGAGCUCUUUCUUACUUCAAUGAGAUGCGAGCGAGAGGUAUUGCUCCGACCAAAGUAAGUUACACCACUUUGAUGAAAGCUUUUGCCUCGUCUGGUCAGGCUAAGCUAGCUAACAAGGUGUUUGAUGAGAUGCUUAAAGACCCUCGAGUGAAGGUUGAUUUGGUCGCUUGGAACAUGUUGGUAGAUGCAUACUCAAAGCUAGGAAAGGUCGAGGAAGCAAAGAAUGUGAUUGAGAGGAUCAAAGAAAACGGAUUCUACCCAAAUGUGGCUACUUAUGGCAGUCUUGCAAAUGGAAUUGCUUUGGCUAGGAGGCCGGGAGAAGCGCUUUUGCUUUGGAAUGAAGUAAGGCAGAGGUGUGGAAUGGGAAACGGAGAGGAGUCUAAUCCUUCUUCUGGUAUCCCGCCAUUGGAACCGGAUGAAGGACUGCUAGAUACUUUAGCAGAUAUAUGUGUCCGGGCAGCUUUCUUCAGGAAAGCUUUGGAGAUUGUUGCUUGUAUGGAGCAACAUGGGAUAGCACCAAAUAAGAUCAAGUUCACUAGGAUCUACGUUGAGAUGCAUUCAAGGAUGUUUACUAGUAAGCACGCGUCCAGAGCUAGACAGGACAGGAGAAAGGAGCGAAAACGAGCAGCUGAGGCAUUCAAGUUCUGGUUGGGAUUGCCCAACUCCUAUUACGGAAGUGAGUGGCGUCUUGAUUCGGUAAUUGAAGAUGAAUACAGAUCUGAGUAAUAUGGAUCAGGUUAUAGAACAUACAUAUUAUACUUGAAUAUAGAUUUGAAAGUUUGUUGUUUUAUACAUUUCGAAUAAUCAGAUACAGCUUUCUACAUAGUUGGAUGGCAGGACUUUUAAUGUAAUGAAGUCCUGAUUUAACCAUACUGUGUAUUCUAUAUAUUGUUCAAAAGUUGUACUUUUAUGUGCUAUAAACUUGAUGAGUUGUAUACAAUCACAAAAGUUCCAGUAA